UCCGCCUGGCUGUUCUCUCUCUCUCUCUCUCUCUCUCUCUAUAAGACUCACAUUGUCCUCGUUGCCGUUGAUCUCUAUUUUUCUCUUGGUCUUCCCAGAUCCGCCUUUUCUCCGAGGAAUCUGCCAUGGCUCUUCCAUCGUUCCUCGGUGCCCCUAGGACAAUUUUCCAUGGACACUCUUCAGUUGAGAAGCCUGUUCCCAUCCUUGUUUCCAGUACUGUUUCAAAAUAUUUAUUACAGAGGGUUCCAGAAGAAUGCCAGAGAUCUAUUUCCUCAAUGGUUCUCCCAAAACAUUCAUUACAUGUAAAGGCCUCACAGAAUACAUCAGCUUUGACUACGAAUGCUGACACCGAUCAGAAGAAUUCAAUCACCUCAACUUUUCCAAAUGGAUGUCAGACAUUGAUCGAGGAGGUCUGUGACCUAACAGAUAUCGCAGAGCUCAAAAUGAAGGUUGGUGAUUUCGAAAUGUUCCUGAAAAGAGAUGUAGGAAUCUCAAAUGCCCCAAAUUCAGUUUCAGCUCCUAUUGAGUCACCAAUUACAGCACCACCAAUUCCAAGCAAGCCAAUGGUGGAAGCAGUUCCUUCUUCCCCUCCUGUUCUGGAGCAGAAGUCUCCUGCAACUGCUUCCAGUCCAUUUACCUAUGUUUCUGCGGCAAAGACAUCAAAGUUGGCAGCUUUAGAAGCUUCUGGACUGAAUGCAUAUGCUCUAGUAUCAUCAUCUACGGUUGGUUCAUUUCAAAGUGGAAGAUCGUUGAAAGGGGAAAGACAGCCUCCUAUCUGUAAAGAGGGUGACAUCAUCAAAGAAGGGCAAAUUAUUGGCUUCUUGGAUCAAUUUGGAAAUGAACUUCCCAUUAGAUCAGAUGUAGCUGGAGAAGUAAUAAAGAUCCUCUGUGAGAAUGGAGAAGCUGUUGGCUAUGGAGAUCCCCUUGUUGCCGUCUUGCCUUCAUUCCACGGGGUAAAGUGAGUCAAUCUUCAUUCCCUCCGUGCUCCUGGAUUUGCGGAGAAGCUCUCCCAUGUUGAUGAUUGCUGGGGAAAUCCAUCUGAUUUGGCUUUUAAUCUUUGAACUGUCAUGGCGAACCAAAAAUUCCCUCUUUUUAUGCGCCCAAGUCGUUUACAAUUUUCAGUAAAUGAUAUCAACACGAACUUAGAUCAUAUGCCGAAUUCUUUAGCUUUCCUUGGUCAGAGUUGAAGCUUAAAAUCACAAGUAAGCGAAAAACUCUUGAAGCUAUUCUGUUCA